GUGUAACAAAGUUAUAUAGGGCACUUCUCUUUUUCCUCUUCUUUUUCUCUUUUCUUUCUUUAGUACCCAAAUGAAUGAAAAGAAGAGAGCACAUCAUAUCUCAGCGCCUAUUUCACCCAAUUAUCAAGGGUUCGGGCACUCGACAUCAGAUUCAUUUUUUGAUGAUUAUCCACCACCACCUGCAUAUCAACCACCUCAACUCCAUUCAACAAUGAAUGAACACCAGCAGCAGGUAUUAGAACAACAGCACCAGCAGCAAAAAUGUAACACCAAUUUGAACAAUUUUAAUCAAAUCAACCAAUUCUACCUUCCAACUCCUGCACCACAAACUGUCAUUGUCUAUCGACAGCCCACUCGAUCAAAAGACGCAUGUUGUUGGGGAUGUCUAGCUGCAAUAUGCCUCUGUUUCGGAGCAAAAGAAUGCUGCUAGGUAAAGCAAAAAAAAUCAUUAUAUUAAACCCAUUUCAUAUACCCCUCUCUCCUUUCCCAAAAAAAAAAUAAAAAAAUAUAUAAAAAUUACUUGUUAAAUU